CACAAGUCACACUCAACAUGAAGACUUUCGAUCUGUGCAUUCUACUAAGCCUGGCAGUCACAGUUUACUGUAUGCCAGUAUCCCAGGUUACUGAGCAAGAUGAGGAUUUUGCAAAGAGCUACCUGAAGACCUUCUUCAACCUAACCGAGGAGACUGUCGGCCGGGGGAUCAGCCAAGUGACCAGGAAGCUGAGUGAGAUGCAGAGAUUCUUUGGUCUCCAGAUCACCGGGACGCUGGAUGCUGACACCAUGGUCAUGAUGAAGAAGCCUCGCUGUGGUGUUCCUGACGGCAACAUUGCCCGUUUCUCUACGUUUGGAAACCUCAAAUGGGAGAAAAACAGCCUCACGUACAGGAUAGUGAACUACACUCCUGACAUGUCUGAGUCAGAGAUAGAUGACUCCAUAGAGAAAGCGCUGCAGGUUUGGACCAAAGUCACCCCUCUGAGAUUCACCAGAAUCUACAGUGACACCGCUGACAUCAUGAUCUCCUUUGGCCGCCGAGAACAUGGUGAUUAUUACCCCUUUGAUGGCCCUGAUGGUACUCUUGCCCAUGCCUUCGCCCCGUCCCCUGGCAUUGGUGGAGACGCUCAUUUUGAUGACGAUGAGACCUUCACUUUCCGUUCAAACACAGGCUACGUCCUCUUCAUGGUGGCUGCACAUGAGUUCGGCCACUCCCUGGGCUUGUCUCACUCUGAUGAUCCUGGAGCUCUCAUGUACCCUGUGUACACAUACAGAAACCCUGAAACUUUUGUUCUGCCCCGGGAUGAUGUCAACGGCAUCCAGUCUCUUUAUGGUCCAAACCCUGAUAAGGAUCCCUCUGUAAAAGAACCUGAGCCCCCCACCACCCCUGAUGCCUGUGAUUCAACCAUGGUCUUGGAUGCUGUCUCCAGCCUGCGAGGAGAGAUGCUGUUCUUCAAGGACAGCUUCUUCUGGCGGAGCAACCCUCAGAGCAACACACCUCAGCAAAGUCUCAUCACAAUCUUCUGGCCCAAUGCCCCCUCCAACAUCGACGCUGCUUAUGAAAGCCAACACUCAGACAGAGUCUUUCUCUUUAAAGAUCAGAAGGUUUGGGCUUUCAGCGGCUAUGAUCUUGUACGUGGCUAUCCUAAACCAAUUUCCAGUGUUGGUCUGCCCAAAAGUGUGAGGAAAGUCGAUGCAGCCCUUCAUGACGUGGACUCUGGCAAGACUCUGUUCUUUGUAGGCAGCGAUUACUACAGUUAUGAUGAGGCCAAAGAGACUAUGGACCAGGGAUUCCCCAAGCGAGUGGAUCAGACCUUCCCCGACGUGUCCGGCAAGGUGACUGCAGCUUUCCAGUACAAAAGUUUUACUUACAUCUACAGUGGAGCCUACAUGUUUGAGUACAGUCUGAGGACCGGGAGGUUGUUCCGUGUGCUGAGGAACAGCUACUUCCUGCGCUGCACCAACUUUUAGACUACUUUACUAAGUUGUUUAUGUGGCCACUCUGAAAGAGAAUGAUGGCAACAGUGUUAAAUGGACUGCAUUUAUAUCGGGUCUUUUUAGUCUUUGCGAACACUCAAAGCAUUUUUUUGACACAAGUCAGCAUUCACCCAUUCACUCAUACAAGCUGCCACCUGCUCACCAUGAGCAUUAAACACACACUCGCACUUGAUGUGUGAACAAUUUGGGGUUUAGUAUCUUUUCCAAGGGCACUUAGACAUGUUGACCACAGUGCCUACAACCAAGUGUCCAUAAUUUAUAAUAAUGUACCUUAUAAUAUAAAAUUAUGUUGUUACACACUUGUAGGUAUAUACUGGAUAUAUGCACUUCCUGAGAACAGCACUUUAUAUAUUAUUUUCAUUUUUUAUUUUAAUGCAUUGCUUUUUAACUAUUAGUUAAUUUAACUCACUUAAAUGUCAUAUUCAUUGUUUGAUUUUGUGUUUAAUAUAGUGCAACUGUGGAACUUUGGAGCUUGUUAUAUAAAUUCAUUUUGAAACAUUAACAUUGUUACAAUCGCACAUGAAUACAAAAAGGAAGUGUGAUAAAGUGAAAAGUAAAUGGCUGAAUGAAUUGGCAAAUAAAAGUUUUUUAAUACA